GCUGUUUUGGUGGUCGUGAUAGGAGAGUUGGAGUCGUGAGAUAUGAUGAUGGGAGGGCUUUUCUUCAUUGUUUGUGUGGGAUUUAUUGGGCUCUUCUUGGGUGUAGUCUUGGACCAUUUCCUUCCCUUGUUCUUGAAUCUUGGGGCUGCUCCAAGGGGAAGUUUUGGAUGGCCUUUGGUUGGUGAGACCUUGAGAUUCUUGAGGCCGCAUGCUUCAAAUACUCUUGGGAGAUUCUUAGAAGACCGUUUUUCUAGGUAUGGCAAGGUAUUCAGGUCUCAUCUGUUCUGGUCCCCAACAAUAGUAUCAUGUGAUCAGGAGCUAAACCACUUCAUACUCCAGAAUGAGGAGAAGCUCUUCCAGUGCAGCUACCCAAAGCCCAUCCAUGGCAUACUUGGCAAGUCCUCCAUGAUUGUGGUUGUGGGGGAUGCACACAGGAGGCUAAGGAAUGUGGCCCUGACACUGGUCACCACGACCAAAUCUAGAGCUGGGUAUCUCGAUGACAUAGAGAGGAUAGCACUUCACAUAUUAGGGUCAUGGAAAAAGAGGGUUGUCUUCUGUGAAGAGGCUAGAAAGUUCACAUUCAGUGUUAUAGUAAAGCAAGUACUUGGGUUAUCACCAGAUGAACCACAGACUGCCAAAAUACUUGAAGAUUUCCUAACCUUCAUGAAGGGACUCAUUUCUUUCCCUCUCUACAUCCCAGGAACCCCAUAUGCAAGAGCUGUCCAGGCUAGAGCUAGGAUAUCUUUUACUGUCAAAGCUAUACUAGAGGAAAGAAGAAAGAAUGGAGGAGGUUACAACAAUAAGGGUGACUUCCUUGAUGUGCUCCUAUCAAUUACUAAUCUAUCUGAAGAGGAAAAAGUGAGUUUUGUGUUGGAUUCCUUGCUAGGUGGCUAUGAGACCACCUCUCUUUUGAUGUCUAUGGUUGUGUAUUUUCUCGGCCAGUCUUCUUUAUCUCUAGAACAACUCAUGAGAGAGCACAAAGCUAUCAGAGCAAACAAGAAGAAGGAUGAAUGCUUGAAUUCAGAGGAUUAUAAGAAAAUGGAAUUUACCCAAUAUGUAAUUAGUGAGGCACUGAGAUGUGGAAAUAUUGUUAAAUUUGUUCACCGAAAGGCUCUCAAGGAUGUCAGAUAUAAAGACUAUCUGAUUCCUUCUGGUUGGAAGGUCCUACCAGUUUUCAGUGCGGUACAUUUAGAUCCAUCUCUUCAUGGAAGUCCCCUACAGUUUCACCCUUGGAGAUGGGAGGGCCAGAAUCAAACAGCAUGCAAGAAAUUUACUCCAUUUGGUGGUGGACCAAGGCUUUGCCCAGGAUCUGAACUUGCUAAAGUAGAGACUGCUUUCUUUCUCCACCACCUUGUACUCAAUUUCAGAUGGAGACCAGAAGGUGAGGACGCGCCCAUCGCCUAUCCCUAUGUUGAGUUCCCAAGAGGAUUGCCACUACAAGUUGAACCCAUCUUGUAGGAAUUGACAAGAUGGCUUUGCUGUGAUUUUGCUGGCUGCAGAGAUGUAAUCAACCAAUAUCAAGCCAUUGCAGGGGAGAGAUUUAAUCCAGACCAUAAACAGUGUCACACCAAUUAGAUGGACCUUGAUCCAAUUAUCAAAAGAAUAGUUGAACCACUAACAGUACAGAUGAAUAAAAUAUGAAAAUGGAAAUGUAAUGUAAAUGAAGUAAAUUUUUUCUGUUAGAUUAAAUAUGCAGUCAUCUAAGUAAAUCCUGUGUUCUAUCCAUUGUUU